UGCUAUCCGGUUCCUAACACGCAUGCGCGGAAGAGCAGCCUGUCAAUUCGAAACCACGCGAGGGAAAACAAAGUGACGUCAUGCCUCGGGGAGUGAUGCUGGAGGGGGCGGGGCCAGACGCCCAGGUACCAGCACACCUGACCAGGGUUCCCAUCUCGCUCAUCGUUACCAACGGCGACUUCUCCGACAAAACAGUCAAGGGGAAAGUGGUUCGUAAAGGCCCGCUGGUGUCGUUAGCGUCUGACAACUUCCUCCUGAAGACUGUCAUUCAAGAAGAAGAUUCCUCGCCGAACACCUCGUCCCAGAACCUGUCGAUCAACGUCGUCCUGUUCGGAGCGCUGGCCAAGGACUUCAGUCAACAUGUCAAUCAAGGGGACGUGGUCGUGGCCUCUGGGUUCUCCGUGGGCAGAUCUCCCACGGUUCACAAGGACAAGCUGCACCCCUUUAACCUGCUGCUGUCUGGGGACGACGCCUGUGUUUACGUGUCCCGCCCGUCGCCGUCGCCGCCUCCUCCUGAUCCGGGAUCCUCGCCGGCCGCCAAGAGGAGCUCCGAUCUCCCCGCUGAGGUUUCCAGGACGACCAAGGCUCCAAAAUACACGUACAGUCGACUGGACGACCUGAAGGCCGGAACCGUGGUCAACGCGUACGGAGUGGUGGUCUUCUUCAAACAGCCGUUCAAGAGCCGCGGCACAGACUUCUGCUCCACCCUGAAGAUCACCGAUCAGUCCAACCAGAAGAUCGGCUGCACCAUCUUCUGUGAGAAGCUGGAGGACCAUCCCAAAGUCUUUCAAGUCGGGGACAUCGUCCGCCUGCACAGAGUCAAGGUUCAGUUCUUCAAUAACUCCAUGACGCUGGUCAACACCUUCGGUUUCUCCGUGCUGGCGUUCGACGGGGCGGAGGGCGGAUCCAUGGAGCCGCGGACCUCCAGCCGCUCCUUCCACUUGGACCAGGAGGACCGUCGGACCGUGGAGGAGCUGAGGUCCUGGGCGGCCAGCCAGGACCUCCUCCCCCCGACUCCCACCACCCCUCUGUCUGCCGCUCAGCCCAAAGCUUACUUCGACCUGACCUGCCAGCUGCUGGCCAAAGCCCCCAUCGACACCACCUGCACCCUGCUGAGGGUGUGGGACGGGACCAGGUGUGCUCACCCUCUGCUGAAGGUGAUCGUGGAUCCGGACCUCAUGGAGGGACCGUCCUCCUUCUCCAAAGAGAGAGAGAGCCUCGUCGCCAACAUCCUCGUCUACGACAACCACGUGGAGCUCGCCGGGAAGCUCAAGCCGGGUGACUUCCUGAGGAUCUACAACCUACGAGCCAUCCCAGGAUCCAGUAAGGUGCCGGGCCUCACCAGCAGCCAGGAGGUGGAGGAGGAGGUGGAUUCCCUGGCGUUCCACCUGCAUGGGGGGACGGCGUUCGGCAGGGGGAUCCGGGUUCUCCCAGAGAACAGCCCUGAUGUUCAGGAGCUGAAGAGAGUGUUGGAGGCCGUCCCAAAGGAGGAAGAGGACGUCUUCUCCGAGCUCAAUGACUCUCAGCUGCUGGAGGAGUGGAGCACUCCACCAGAGUCUCUGGAGGCUGAAGCGACGGAGUGCAGCACAGAGAGGAGCUGUGAUCACGACACUCGGCCGACGACGCUGUCCGAGCAGAAGCGGUCCGAUCCGGGUCGAGUUCACCACCUCAGAGUCCAGAUGAAAUCCUACGAGCCCCGCAGACUCCACCAGGCUCUGAAGCUCUACUGCAGCAAGUGCACAACCAUGCAGGACGUCCCGGAUGAUGAGCUGGUCGCGGGUGUCUUCUCCGAGGCGUCGAAGGACUCCGGGCCCUGCAGUCCCCCGCCGUGGGCGCUCUCUGGACGGGUCGUCGUCUCCGGAGGUUCCCCGUCCUCCCCGAGACGAGCUGUGAGCGUCCACAUGUCCACGCAGCUGCUGUGUGAGGACAAAACCAGAGAGCUCCUCUUCCUCAUGGGUUCGACUCUGAAGGAAACGUGUCGACUGGCGGCCGGCUACCAGAACGUCGUCCCUGUGAGGUCAUCGGGAGGUCACAUGACUCUGCUGGACCUGUCGGCACCUUUCCUGUUCAGAGGCAGGAAGAGAUACUACGGGUGUAAGCGGUGCUCCGAUGUCUCAGUGAGGGAACCUUCAUGUUCUGAAGGAGUCCAGAUGAUGGAUGAGAAGGUCAUUGCAGAAGCUCUCGGCGUUCAGCUGCUGCAGUUCGUCCUGCUGAUGAAGCUGGAGCUGCAGGACGCCACCGACACGCUGGACGUCUUCCUGUGCAGAGACGCCGAGUUGUUCUUUGGCGUGUCGGCGGAGGACGUAGCGACCAAUCAGGAGGCUCAGAACAGCAUCCAACAAACGAUGGACUCCCUCUGUCCACCAGGGGGCAGCACAGGUGAGCGUCCGUGGAUGGAUUUGUGUCUGACUUCGUACCGAGCAGACGAUGACUCCGGACAGAAUCAAACCUGCUACCAGAUCUGCAACAGCACCGUCACCACCUCCACCUCCACGCACUCCAACCCCGCCUGAACCAGCUGCAGGUCAAAGGUCACCGGUUGAGUCCUGCGAGAAAGAAGAAGAAAAAACUGUUCUUUGUGGAUUUUAUUUAUAUUUAUUACUGAA